UCAGCUGGUGAAUCCAUCAAUCUGUUCCUCUGUCUGCUGGAAGUGAAAGAUCAGACUCUGUUCAGAGAGAUUCAGGAGUUUGUGAAAUCAGACAAACACUCAGAGAAACUCUCUCCUGCUCACUGCUCAACAAUCUCCUACAUGCUUCAGAUGUCAGAGGAGCCGCUGGAUGAGCUGAACGCCAUGAAAUACAACACAUCAUAUGAGGGGAGAAGAAGACUGAUACCAGCUGUGAUCAACUGCAGAAAAGCUCUAUUUUCUGGCUGUAAUCUCUCAGAUCAGCAUUGUGAAAUUGUGUCUUCAGCUCUUCAAUCCUCAAACUGUGUCCUGAGAGAGCUGGAUCUGAGUAACAAUGACCUGCAGGACUCUGGUGUAAAGUUUAUUUCUGAUGGACUGAAGAAUCCAAACUGUCAGCUGCAGAUACUGAGGUAUUAA